AUGUCAGCAGCCGCGGACACAUCCGACAGCACUAUGAUCAGCAUCCUGUUCGACUAUGGCUUGAACUGGCAAUUCGUCGCGCAGAACUGGAUGACUUCCAGUCAGAUCUUCUCUGGAUUCCCGCAGUGCUUGGAAGCCGCUCUGAGCAUAUCAGACUCUCAGGUGCAGACCUACGCCCUGCAGGUGUAUAUCCCAGAAACGUACAAGGGUCCGGCGGAUGCAGCCCAGUUAGGAACUAUGUGGCUGGGUUACAUUCCCUCCGACCUCGUUGACGACCUGGCGGCGCAAAUCAAGGCUAAGCAGUCUGCCUUCUACACUGGCACGACUGGGUUGCCAGCUGAGCUGGCCGCUCACGUCGAUAGCUCCUUUGCAGUGACGACUUACCAGGAUCCCAACAAUGGUGAUAACGGCAGUUCCUCGUCUGGAUCCUCCAAUGGGGGCGCGACUGCAUCCUCCGGGUCCAGCAAAGUACGAGAAAAUGCCAUCAUAGGCAUCGUCAGUGCUUUGGGUGGAAUCACGCUAUUGGUGCUGGGUUACCUCGUGUAUCGCUCAGUGAAGCAGAGGCAGGAACUCGCACAUCGCCGUCUGUCGGACCCGGACCCCGCUAGCAUUCCUCCCCCUGACCACGAGUUUGACCGUGACAGUCUAGGUGGUCAGCGCCGCAGGAGUUUCUACUUUGCUGAAGACUCGUUACGGGGAUAUGGAGGGCAGAGAGCGCAGGAAGAGACGUAUGACCACCGCGUCAGCCCGGAGGGCAUGAGAGAGCGGAGGCCCGUUAUGCCCGGCGCGAUCUCAACUCCGAUCUUGAGGGAGAACACCAUGAACUGGUAG